AUGCUUCUAGGUACUUGUACUAUCUGUACUUCUGAACAAGCCAAAUACAAAUGCCCAAAGUGCGAUGUUCAAUACUGCUCAAUCAAAUGCUUCAAAUCACCAAAUCAUAAACAUGAUGAAACCACACCUGAUUCAAAACCAACUCAAACAUCAGCACCAUCUUUAGAGCCAUCAAAUGAUUCAAAGUACUCAUAUAUUUUCAAUGAUGAAAAAGUUAAAUAUAUGUUGAGUUUCAAAUCUUUACAAAUUCACCUACAAUCAAUCUAUUCAAUAAUGAAGAAUGAAUCAAUCCCUUUUGAAAAAAAAAUUGAUCAAGCAAAUGAAAAAUUAACUUCAUUAAGAUCUACAGGUUCACAAGAAAAUGAAUUAGUUGAAGAAUUUUGUCAAUACAUUACACAUUUACUAAAUAAUAAAUCAACUUCAUCUUCAUAA